AUGGCUGUAGUGUGCUUUUCACCACCUCCUCAUCAAAGCAAGGUUACCUCUACGCAUCGACUUCAAACAAAAGAGCAUAAUACCUAUUGUCGCAGAAUGGUCUCAAAGUUUGUGGCCACCCAUCUCUUUCGACCGCCGCCAACGUGUCUUCUUCUAUACUACAAAACUUGUGGUCCUUUCCGACGAUAUAUCUGCCAACAACAGGAGCUUGCCGAGAGUAUUGCUGCCAUCUUUAUCUGCUGA